AUGUGGGCCCGGAGAUGUAUUGUUACAGCCUCGAGAUUACAUCAUGUCAAGAUUCACAACAAUGCACCCGGUCAAUCCAAUCUGGAGCAGAACACCGCAACACAGAUACCCUAUUCUCUGGUAGGAAGAGUUCCUCUUGCUCCCCAGAGUAUGAAGCAGCUGGAGUCAGGCGACAUUGGUCCGAUGCAAUCAAAAGUCAAAGGAAAUGUGAAUUUUACAGCAUUAGUCCUCCAUAGAGACACGUUCACAUGCGAGAGGAUACUCACCAAUGAUCCCACUCGUCACGAAAGAACAAAUCUCACACUUUAUGAGGUACUGGCCGACUUGAAGGAAUUGAAACAACAUAAAGAGACCUCAAAAGAAGAAUUCCAGACCUUAAAAGCAAAAUUCCAGAAGGUGGAAAAUGACAAAAGGCGAAGACACGCUGGUGAGGUGGUUAACAUGAGAGAUCGAUUGGCUCGAUUAGUCCUCUCUGCCAAGGAAGAUAAACAACGCAAACUACAGGUACGCGAUCCAAAAGAUAUGAAGGAUACUAAACAUGAUCGAAAUCGGUUUGCACACGAAAUUGAUCUGGAUACAACAUUGGAACAAAUGGCUCUCUACAAUCAGUUUGAUAUCUGCUCUAUCACAGUCUUUGGGGAAACACAGAAUAACAUCAAAGAAUUGCUUACAUGGGAUAAGGAUGGAGAAUGUGAAGUUUACAACAUCUUCAAUGAGCACGGCGCAGCUUGGCACCAUCAAUUCGCCAAUACCUGCAUAGAGCCUUUCAAUAAAUGGUUGUCAGCAAUCUACGCACUCAAAGAAAUCGAAUCAGCUAUGUUGGAGAACCCAUCUUCUUAUUUCGAAGCUCGCAUUCAAAAACAAAAGGAUGGGAUCAAGGAAGCAAUUAGAGAGUGGAAAGAAACCUUUAUGACAGACAAUUCAAAGAGGGGAAAGAGAACAAGAAAAUGCCGAGAGCUAAUCAGGAAGGACUACACCGACAGAGGAUUGAAGGACCAGAUAAGAGCAGCUUUGUUACGUGGUGUGACUUUAGUUGAAGGAAGUGGCGAGAGUGAGAAUAUUGAGGAGAAUAGAAAGAACGAGGAGAGUAAGAACAAUGAAGAGAGCAAGGAGAAUCAGGAGGGCAGGAGUAAGAAGACUAAGAAAGACGAGGGGUGA